AUGGCAGAAUCUUUUUUUUCGGAUUUUGGCUUGUUGUGGUAUCUGAAGGAGCUCAGAAAGGAAGAGUUUUGGAAAUUUAAGGAGCUCCUCAAACAAGAACCUUUGAAAUUUGAACUCAAGCCGAUCCCCUGGACUGAGUUGAAAAAGGCUUCAAAAGAAGAUGUUGCAAAGCUCCUGGACACACAUUACCCAGGAAAACGGGCAUGGGAGCUGACGCUGAACCUGUUCCUACAGAUCAGUCGGAAGGACCUCUGGACGAAGGCUCAGGAAGAGAUGAGUAAUCUAAACCCAUAUAGAAAGCAAAUAAAGGAAAAAUUUCAGCUCAUAUGGGAAAAGGAAACCUGUCUUCACGUCCCUGAGCGUUUCUACAAAGAAAGCAUGAGACAUGAAUGUACAGUAUUGAAUAAGGCAUAUACUGUUGCGGCUGCCCCAGUCACUGUGGUCGUGGAAGGUCCUGAUGGCAUCGGAAAAACAACCCUUUUAAGAAAAGUGAUGUUGGACUGGGCAGAGGGGAACUUAUGGAAGGAUCGGUUCACAUUUGUCUUUUUCCUCACUGUCUAUGAAAUGAACAGUAUCACAGAGACCAGCUUACCGGAGAUCCUCUCUAGGGACUGGCCUGAGUCUUCAGAGAAGAUCGAAGACAUUUUUUCCCAGCCAGAGCGAAUUCUGUUGAUCAUGGAUGGCUUUGAGCAACUGAAGCUGGACUUGGACCAUCAGGCUGACGUGUGUGACGACUGGAGGCAGCGGCAGCCACUGCCAAUUAUCCUGAGCAGUUUGCUGCAGAAAAAGAUGCUGCCAGAGUGCUCCCUGCUUCUCGCAUUAGGACAGAUGGGUAUGCGGAAGAACUAUUUUGUGUUGGAGCAUCCCAAACUCAUCAAGCUCUCAGGGUUCACUGAACCUGAAAGGAAGAUGUAUUUCUCCUGCUUCUUCGGUGAGAAGAAUAAAGCCUUGAAAGUCUUUAACUUUGUGAGAGAGAUUGGACCGCUGUUUAUCUUGUGCCAUAAUCCCUUUAUAUGCUGGUUGGUCUGUACUUGCAUGAAAUACAGGCUAGAGCGGGGAGAAGACCUUGAAAUAAACUCCCAAAACACCACCUCCUUGCAUGCGUCCUUCAUAACAAACGUAUUCCAAGCGGGAAGUCAGAGUUCUCCACCUAAGUUGAACAGAGCCCGACUGAGAAACCUGAGUGCUUUGGCUGCAGAGGGACUGUGGACACAUACGUUUGUCUUUGGCCGCGAGGAUCUCCGGAGGAAUGGGUUAUCUGAGUCUGAGGGCUUGAUGUGGGUGAGUAUGAAGCUUCUCCAGAGGUCAGGGGACUGCUUCACUUUCAUCCACGUGUGUAUCCAGGAGUUCUGUGCCGCCAUGUUUUAUUUGCUCAGAGGACCCAAAGACAGUCCUAACCCGGCCAUUGGAAGCAUAACCCAGCUUGUGAGAGCCAGUGUGGCUCAACCUCAAAACUUCUUGACCCAGAUGGGGGUGUUUGUGUUCGGAAUUUCCACAGAAGAAAUCGCCAGCAUGCUGGAGAUGUCCUUUGGUUUCCCACUGUCCAAAGACCUCCAGCGGGAAAUAGCCCAGUGCCUUAAAAGUUUCAGUCAGUGUGAAGCUGACAGGGAAGCGAUAGGUUUCCAGGAAUUAUUCAGUUGUUUAUUUGAAACUCAGGAAAAAGAAUUUGUAACACAGGUGAUGAAUUUCUUUGAAGAAGUUUACAUUUAUAUUGCUAACAUAGAACACUUGGUCAUAGCUUCGUUCUGCGUGAAGCACUGUCGCAACUUAACGACGCUUCGCCUGUGUAUGGAGAAUAUCUUUCCCGAUGACUCAGGAUGUGUUUCAGAACGCAAUGAGAAGCUCAUGUAUUGGCGGGAGCUCUGCUCAAUGUUCAGCAACAACAAGAACUUCCAAACGUUAGACAUGGAGAACACCAGCUUCGAUGACGCCUCCCUGGCCAUUCUUUGCAAAGCGCUGGCUCAGCCUGUUUGUAAACUCCAAAAACUCAUGCUUACUUUUAUGUCUGACUUUGGACAUGACACGGAAUUAUUUAGGGCUGUUCUUCACAACCCUCACCUGAAAAUUCUGAGCCUCUAUGGCACGAGCCUCUGCCACACCAAAGUCAAGCACCUUUGUGAGACGCUGAGGCACCCAAUGUGCAGGAUAGAAGAGCUCAUACUGGGAAAGUGUGACCUCUCCCAUGAAGCUUGUGAAGACAUCGCCUCUGUUCUCACCUGCAACAACAAGCUGAAACUUCUCUCCUUGGUAGAAAACCCCUUGAGGGAUGAAGGCAUGGUGUUUCUGUGUGAAGGUCUGAAGCACCCGAACUGUGCCCUCGAGAAGCUGAUGUUGAUGUACUGCUGUCUCACCUGUGUCUCCUGUGAGGCCAUUUCCGAAGGGCUUGCGCGCAGUAAAUCCCUGUCCCUCCUCGAUCUGGGGUCCAAUCAUCUGGAAGACAGUGCGGUGGCGUUGCUGUGCGAAGCGCUGAAGCACCCAGACUGUAGCAUACGGGAGCUGUGGUUGAUGGCUUGUUUCCUUACUUCUGAUUCCUGUAAGGACAUUGCUGAUGUUCUCAUCUGCAAUGAAAAACUGAAGAUCCUGAAACUUGGGCAUAAUGAAAUAGGAGAUGCUGGUGUCAGACAGUUGUGUGAAGCUUUGAAGCAUCCUAACUGUAAAUUAGAGUGUCUUGGGCUGCAAACAUGUCGGAUCACCCACGCCUGCUGUGAAGACCUCGCUGCAGCACUGGUCGCCAGCAAAACGCUGAGGAGCCUGAACCUUGACUGGAUUACCUUGGACCCUGAGGGCGUGGUGUUGCUGUGUGCCGCUCUGAGCCACCCGGACUGUGCCCUGCAGAUGCUGGGGAAUAAAGGGGGAGAGCCUGGUGGGCCAAAGACAGACAAGGAAGCAGGGCUGUAUGAGAACACGGAAAAACUUAGUCUCCAGCAGAGUCCUGUAGAUAAAUUAGGGAAACGGAAUCCCCGGUCCGGUCUUGAGUGUAAACUCAUGCAUUACACCCACCUGGUGGCUCGCAGCUCCACCCUGUGCUGCACCUGUGUCCUGAGCACCUAUUACGUCUUGCUCAAUGUCUAUAUUCCUGUGGCAGUCACUGGUCCACAGGACGCAAAGGAUGAUGACACCCAAGGCAAAGGGUUCUGCUCACGCUCGAAUCACACCGCAGGCCUAGCCUUCUUUCGGUCAGCACCUGAUGCCGUGUUUAUUGGCCUCAUGGGCUGGGCCAGUGGCUCCAUGAUUCUUCUCCUGCAGAGACACAGCCAGAGACUGUGGCAUCUUCACACCACCAACCGACACCACAAACGGCCGCCUGAGACCAGAGCCACCCACACCGUCCUGAUGCUGAUGAAAAGUACCAUGGAGCCACUGGUCCAGACCAUCAGGCAAAUAAACAUCGCAUCAUGGGUGGACCUCAAGGAGACCAUGCCCACGGUGGGACUCGAGGAGGAGGAGGACCACCUGCCUUCACAAUCGGGAGAUUACAGUUUGCUUCUCAAGACACCCAAAGAGCCCGAAUUUCUCGUGUCUGGACUCCAGCUCGCCGUCCAGGUCCCGCAGCACGGGGACGAGACUGAGGAUCUGACUGGAGCAGAAGGGGAGCCCCAGGGCUCAGAUCUGAGAGGAGGGCGCAGCGUGGAGCUGGGAGCCCUUCCGUCCCGGAAUCUGACCUGGAAGACGGUGGCCUGGGAGCCCCCGUGUCCGCCCCAGGCAGGGAGCGUGGCGCAGCUUCAGGAGCUGCACGCAGAUGCUGGGGCUGGCUCGGCUGUCUGCUGCCAGGCCGGACCCCCGAGGGACGCCCACCCAGUCCGGGCCGGGGGCGAGCCGGCGGGUCCCACCAACAGCAGCGGGGCCGGGGGGUGCGGCUGCCCUCUGCCCUCUGCCCUCUGCCCUCUGCCCUCUGCGGCGCUCUGGGGUAGGGAACAGGCCCCACCCUUCCCUGGAAAAGUGUCCCAGGGCCCUGGGACCGCCGGGGGAGCACUCACCGCCUGGCUGUCAGACGUGAAGCAAGGGACCCCGAGAGCUCCACGCGCUGCCCUGCGCCUGGGACAUCCGGGGCUUCUCCGGAGUCAAAAACGCCAAGCGCGAAUCCCACAGCCACCGCCGAGCUGCCUCCUGCCAGCGCCUCCUGCCGGCCUGGAGGUCAAGCUGCCCGGCCCCCUUUCUGCAGGAGCCGAGGCCACUGCUCGGUGCUAG